UCUGGGUGUAGAUCUAACCCUGCGAGUCAUAUGUAACUAAUCACGUCACUAAUUAAAAACCUGAAUAUUUCCUCCAUUGUUUUCCUUGGAAUCUGGAAGUCAGCCCUAACAAAAGAAAAGUGAGUCAAUUCUUGUACCUAUUAACUAACACUGCUAAUGAAUGAGCUCUGACAGCUGAAGAGCAGACACCAGAUAGUAUGCAUGCUUCUGCCUUUUGUUAUCGAAGCAUUGCCAGAUCCACGCAUUGUGAGGUGUGGGUGAGUCAGAAAACUGAACUGCCCAUUCAUGAGAAGAAAGGGUUUCAGUCUUCACUUCUUUUGUUCUGCCGAACACCAUGCGCAUAUUUUAAUCAGCAUUUUAAUGCAGUUUAAGCUCGCAAUUUGUCCAAUAUAGGAGUGGCGUUGUGAUUACCCUUAGACACACUGCUCCUGUUCUUCUGGUGCUUCAUGGAGUUGUAUAUAACUGCUGUGCCACAGGAGAGAUCUUCUUGUAGUAAUUCCCUUAAUACAAAGGGGUUGAAUCGAACAUGUUGUAUGGAGUUGUCUUGAUGUGCUGGUUGUAGUUUUUAGGGUUGAGGGUGAAAAAGGAGACUUGUGUUUACACCAGGCCUGGACACCAACGCUUUCUUCAGCCCCUGCUGCAGUGUUUGUCCUGUCCUGACUAGACCAGGCCCCCUCCCCCUCUCCCCUUCCCUCCGCAUCUCCCACUGUCUGCCUCCAGGUGGUUUCUGGGUCGGACAGGCGUUGUUCACCUUUUCCACAGUGCUGUAGUUUUCCUGCAAGGGCACUGGAGGCUGGAGGCUGAAAUUCCGGGAUGUGGCACGUCUCUGGAGGCUGAAAUUCCGGGAUGUGGCCCGGCCCUGGUGUGGACUUACAUGGUCAUAACAUUGUCCGUUUGGGAUUGGGCUGUAUUUCAGAAUGUCUAAAUGGAGAGCCCAUUGGCUGAUUUGCGCUUGUUUUUAUUCCUGAGUGUUUAUGAUGGUGGAAGCCAGAUUUAACUGGGCUCAUUUUCAACUCUUCACAGGCAUUUCUUUUUUUAACAGAAAACACUUAUGCUGUUUGACCCUCGCAUUAUUUACAGUGAUAGCAGAUUUAAAAGCUGGUAUUGGAAUUCUUCAUCUUUACACAAGAUGGACUCCUGAACACUGACUUUUUGUGGCAGUCUGGGGGGAGCCGGGAACAGAGUCUGGACUGGAUCAGGACACUGCAGAGGAGUAUUUUGAGUAUGAUGCCGAGGAGUUCCUGGUCCUGCUGACCUUGCUGAUCACGGAAGGCCGCACUCCGGAAUGUUCCAUCAAGGGUCGGACGGAAGGGCUGCACUGCCCCCCGGCACAGUCUGCGCAGCCUCCCCUCUCCCGGCACGAGUGCACUGACAAACUGCCACAGUGCCGGCAGGCGAGGAGGAUGCGUUCCGAGGUCAUGCUCCUCUGGAGGAACAACAUUCCAGCCAUGAUCGAGGUGAUGCUGCUGCCCGACUGCUGCUAUAGCGACGAGGGGCCCAGCACGGACGGGACUGACAUCAGCGACCCCGCCCUCAAGCAGGACGCCCUGCUCCUGGAGAGGUGGACCCUGCAGCCUGUGCCCAGACAAAGUGGAGACCGCUUCAUCGAGGAGAAGACCUUGCUGUUGGCGGUGCGGUCCUACGUCUUCUUCUCCCAGCUCAGCGCCUGGCUCAGUGCCUCGCACGGCAUCGUCCCCAGAAACAUCCUCUACAGGAUCAGUGCAGCCGAUGAGGAGCUGGUGUGGGACUUCUCCCAGGCCCCAGCUGAACACACCUUCCCCGUGCCCAACGUCUCCCACAGCGUGGCCCUCAACGUCCGCGUGCAGUCCCUCCCCCGACAGCCCAACUACCCGGUCCUCAAAUGCAGCAUCCAUGCCAGCCUGUCCCUGUUCGGACAGAAGGGCUAUGAGCAGGAGGAGCAGCCCGCCCAGGGCUGUGAGUUCACUGAUGCUGGCCAGCAUCGCUCCCAGGACCCUGCGUUCACCAGCCCCGGCCAAACACCCCUUCUUUACGGCGUCAUCAACUCAAAGAAAUGCCAGCUCCCAGAAGCCCUUCCUCCCAGUAAAGCAGCUAGGUGGCUGUACUCCAGAUUGAACAGUAGCCAGGAUGUCCGGCCCUCAGAGGGCCACACGACAUCAGGGAGCAGCGGAGAGGGGUCAAAGACCACUGCUCCAGAGCUCCCAGUCAGAGCGUUUAAGUCCCUUUCCCUGGUGGAUCCAUUGGUGAUGUCCACCCCAGGUCCAAGGCUGCCUGUGGGUGAGCCCAGUCCCCUGAUUGGCUCCUUGCUCCAGGAGCGACAGGAGGUCAUCGCCCGCAUCGCCCAGCAUUUGAAUUACUGUGACCCCUCAGCCCCGCACAUCCCCGACAGCCUGUUCAGCGGGCCGGAGGAACAGGCCCCCAAAUCGCCCUGGUUCCCAAAAAAAGACGCCGGACUCCAUACAAAGUGCAGAGACCCCCUUUCCUCAAGCCCUGAGCGUGCUGGCUCCCCCCUGGAGAAAGGGCAGGAGAGCAGGAGUGGGUCUUCCCCCUCUGACACGCCUCUUGGUUUGCGCAGCAGAACCAGGGCAAAUGGUGAGCUGAGGUCUUCCCCCAAACCCGCCGCCUGCCGGAAGCUGCUCCUGCCCGACCCCACGGAUAGUUCCAGAAUAUCUGAAGCCUUGCAGGACAUCUCCAGGCUCAUCCAGGACACCUUUCAGCAGUCUCAGAACAGGUGCACUGAUCUCCUGCAAUGCACCUGUGCGACCUGUAAAGAGGGCAGCGUUCUGAAACCCCCCAGCAGACCAGAGCAGGGUAGCCAUGCACCCUGCCACCACACCUCCGAUUCCCUUGUGACAAGCAAUGGCAGCGGACCACAAAUCUGCACAGACUCAAGGAUCAAAGAAACCGACGGCACCCAGCAAGACCAUUCUCUCAGACCUCGAAGCCAGGGCCCAACGAAACUUGAAGACUCAACUGCUGAGUCAGAGCCGAAAACCUCACACGGUUUACAAAAUGCCAAAAAGGACAUCUGUGACUCCUCGCCUGUCAGCUGUCAGGGUCAGAAUGGCCUGGAAAUCAGUGACCGCUCCCUCCUUGAAGAAGCCAAGAGUUCCAGAGCCCAAAGCCAGCCUAGUACGCAGUAUAGCCAUCUGCAGGAUGAGAACCUUGACCCUUCAGCCUCUAGCACAUCAACAAGCCUUCUGCAGAGGGACCCCAAAGUCUGCCCAGAAACGGCACAGAUUGGGACCAUCCUGAGAGCAACUGGCCAGGUUCCUCCAAAGCCAUGUAACAUUUGGAAGAAGCAGAACCGUCACUCCAUCGAUGGGUCGGCAACAAACGCUUUCCACCCCUGCACUGGUCUACCUCUCCUCUCCAGUCCUGUUCCUCAGAGACGGACUCAGACUGGAUACUUUGACUUAGACACGUCACUCACUCGCUGUAAAGGUGCUCCCUGGGCGGCCAGCAGAAGAGUCUGUGUGGACAGAGAGGGUGAUGGGCAUGAGUCACGCCAGCAACUGUUCAGCACCAGUGCUCCUCCAGCGAGCCUGAGCCUUCUGGGAAACUUUGAGGAGUGUGUGCUAAACCACCGUCUGGAGCCACUGGGGACAGUGGAGGGCUUCAUGGCCGAGGUGGGCGCCAGCGGAACCUUCUGCCCCAGUCACAUGACCCAGCCCGUGGAGGUGUCCUUCUACAGCGUUUCAGAUGACAACGCCCCGUCCCCAUACAUGGGUGUUAUAAAUUUGGAAUCCCUUGGUAAAAGAGGUUAUCGAAUACCUCCUUCAGGAACAAUUCAAGUGACCUUAUUCAAUCCUAAUAAGACAGUAGUGAAAAUGUUUGUGGUGGUCUAUGACCUGAGAGAGAUGCCGGCCAGUCACCAAACAUUCCUGAGACAGAGGACUUUCUCCGUGCCUGUGAGACGGGAUACCAACGGACACACAAACAGGAAGUCCCUCCCCCUCAGCCAGGAACGAAUCCUGCGCUACCUCAUUCACCUGAGGUUCCAGAGUUCAAAAUCUGGAAAGAUCUACCUCCACAGUGAUAUCAGACUCCUGUUCUCUCGCAAAUCAAUGGAAGUGGACAGUGGUGCUGCCUACGAGCUCCAAUCCUUCACCGAGACCCCAGCAGAUCCUCCCUUCUCCCCCAGAUGUUAACCCAGCCCAGCCCAGUUCAGUCCAGUCCAAAGGCCAUGCUGGAUCACAACUUUGAUGCUGAAUCAAAUCCAAUAAAAUUACACAUUAUCCAAAUGCAUAUAUGACAAAUGAUGAAGAUAGUUUGGAAAUUUGGUCUAAUGUCUGCUUUUGUGGGGGAUGUGAGCUGCAUCAAAUGUAUCUGAGCAUGAACUCUGCUGAUAAAGAAAAAACAACAAUCAAUCAAGUGAGAGAGAGAGCAAGGCAGCAGCAAAAGAGCACUGUGUAUUUCCACAAUAACUGGAAAUAAAAUUAGUAAUAUUCAAAAUACUUAUUUUGUACUGUUACAAAACCACUAUUGGAAGUGUUGCAAUAGAAAUAAAAUUACCUUACUAGCAUAGUGUUUACCUGUUUACUUUGUCAGUUAUUUAAUAUUUAAAUUUAAUAUUUCAUGUAUUGCACAUGUGAUGUCUGUUAUGCUAAGCAUUAUGAUGUAGUGCAACACUAUGUAAAUCAUAUGAUGUAUUUUUGACAUUGAUAUUCAGAUCUGAAAUAUAUAUAAAGCAAUCUUUAAGCA